AUGUUGAAAGCUGGAUCUCCAGUUAAGCCUUCUAUCCAUCUUGCUUCAUCCUCAGACAAUCAAUUUAAACCUUCACAGAUACAAGGAGAAUAUGAACCUAUUCUAGUAGAAGGGCAAAAAGACUGGACUGAGGAAAAUGAAGAGGAGCAGCUAGAUUAUGAGCCAUCUGUAGAUGACCAGAAUGCACUCCUCGAAACAGGGGAACAGGAAGACUGGAUAGAAGAAUUCGAGGAGGAACAGAUGGAAUAUGAUGGGGAAUUAGAUGCAGAAACUGAAGCUUUUGGUUCAGAAUUGGAAAACCUGUUGCAGGGUGAUUUGGGCAUCAACAUGGUGUUCAUUCUGCCAGAAAAGUUCAGAGCUGCAGAAGGACAAGAAAGCACUUUGGAGAGAGAUGUUUUUUCCCAGGAAAGUUUCGAAUGCAGGUUAGCAGAAGCAGAGGAGGUACCAGAACUACCAACAAACUAA